GCGAGCUGUUGAAUGACGGCCGUAGCUCUGUUGACACUUUUAAGAGCCGAGACAGCCUCCGGGACCCACACAGGCCUACCUAUUUUACAUUUACACCGUGUAAAGAUAGCAGAUGAAAGAGGAGGAGCGCCCAGUCGUUUCUUUAAACACCGGGGGGGAUGUUGCGGACAGCGCGCGGACUGCGUGACGGGACGACACGGUGUCGAGACUGAGCGGACGUUUUCACAGGUUGAUGAUCCUUUUUGGCACCGAGCGGGGGAAGCCAGCAAAAGUAAAUAUAUGGUUUUAGUCUAUAGGCUGUGUGUGGUGACACGGGCUCGCUGUUAAAGGAGAGAAAGGCGGUGCCUGCUAGUUCCUGGAAAAAUACAGACCUCCGACCAGAAUGACACAUUUAACGUCUGCAGAUUUGGGUUUAUUCGCUGAAGUUGACGCUCAGACUUGGGCUCCGAGCAGCGUGUAGGAGGCUCGUCUCUCAGCCAGGGACCGUCUGUCUCGCACAUUUUGACAGAUAGCCAAUCAAAUUUGUUAUUCAAAUCAGUGCUCUUAUGUCAGUGACCUAUAUCUCAUGCAUGUGCGCCAAGAGCCCACAGUAACCUCUCCACCACCAGACCAGACAGCAUGGGGAUCAACGGGCUAGACAAUCAGGCGCAGCCGUCCAGCGGAGUGUCCCAGACUGAGGAUCCAGCUGCAGACUCUCAGACGGAGCAAAGAGAUGCUUCCCAAGAAGCAGACAGAGGCAAGGAUGAUCAGGCGGCGGGCAGCGAGGGGAAAAUAGUGCAGGAGGACAGCACCGUGCAGCUGUACAAGCCGCCCCCAUCCCCAGCUUCUGAAUCGGAGGUUGUUGUCCAGGUGGAGGAGCACGGCCACAGACCCGCAUUCGUCCCACCCGAGGGAGGCUUCGGCUGGCUGGUGGUUUUUGCGGCAACCUGGUGCAAUGGGUCGAUCUUCGGCAUUCAAAACUCUUUCGGCAUCCUGCACAUGAUGCUGGUGAAGGAGCAUGCAGUCCCAGACGACAAGACGGCGCAGUUCAAAGUGGCCUGGGUCGGAGCUCUGGCCAUGGGCAUGAUCUUCUUCUGUUCACCUGUGGUCAGCAUGUUCACGGACCACUUCGGCUGCAGGAAGACAGCCGUCAGCGGGGCAGCGGUGGCUUUUAUAGGACUGCUCAGUACAUCCUUUGCAAACUCCCUGAGCCUUCGCUAUUUCACAUAUGGCAUACUGUUUGGCUGUGGCUCCUCCUUCGCCUUCCAGCCCUCAUUGGUCAUCCUCGGCCACUACUUCCGCCAGCGCCUGGGCCUGGCCAACGGCGUGGUGACGGCAGGUGCCAGCCUCUUCUCCAUGGGCCUCCCAGUUUUUCUCAAAAAGGUGGUGGGACCUCUAGGCCUCAGCAGGACCUUCCAAAUCCUCAGCCUCUUCAUGCUGGUCCAGGCCCUGCUGGCGCUGAUGUUCAAGCCUUUACUGCCUGCCGGAGGAGGCAUGGGACCACCUGGCAUGGGUCCUGGUCUUGCCAAACCCCAAACCCAGCCAGGGGCCACUGGUCAGGGGGGCAGCAAGUGGAGCAGGGUCCUGGGUGGGGUCAGGAAGUACUUCAACCUGCGUGUGUUUCACAUCGUGACAUACCGGGUGUGGGCGUUUGGAGUAGCCACGGCAGUGCUCGGCUACUUUGUGCCGUAUAUCCAUCUGAUGAACUUUGUGAAGGAGCAGUUCAAGGGGACCCAAAAGGAAUGGGUGCUCCUAGUUUGCAUCGGAGCUUCAUCUGGGGUGGGACGCCUCGCUUUCGGGAAGAUCGGAGACCACAUUCCUGGUCUUAAAAAGAUCUACAUGCAGGUGGCGUCCUUCUUUGCUUUGGGCCUGAUGUCCAUACUGAUCCCUCAGUGUUCAGUGUUUGAGGGGCUGGUGGCUGUGUGCGUGUUCCUGGGGCUGUGUGACGGCUGCUUCCUCACCAUGAUGGCGCCUAUAGCGUUCGAGCUGGUCGGGCCCAUGCAGGCCUCGCAGGCCAUAGGCUACAUACUAGGCCUUAUGUCUCUUCCCAUGACUGCGGGUCCACCCAUCGCUGGUCUCCUACGGGAUUACUUUGGAAACUACACAGUGGCCUUCUCCCUGGCUGGGGUGCCUCUUAUGGUGGGGGGCGUGGUGCUCUUCUUUGUGCCCCUGAUACACCGUAGGCUCCAGGCAGCGGCGUCACCAGAGGAGACGUCCACCACUGCCCACAUGCUGCCCACCGCCCCACCAGUGGAGGAGCCCAAGAGCUGCUCCAAUGGAGACAUCCUGCCUGGCUACACUGAUGUAGAGACACACAUCUGAGUUGCACCGUUCAAAGGGAUUCAGCCCACCAGCACCUUUUCUCAUCCUUAGAUUUCCCUUCUUUCAACUAUGGACUUCCUGUCGGCUGACCUUUAACCCUCUCACCCUCCUGGACUCUCAUGGGCUGUUUGUUAUUUUCACACGGAGAGAAAUCGAAAAGGGCGCACUGGCUAAAAGCCACAGAGAGGACAAAAGAAGGCACAUCAGCGUAGGACGAUGAUGGGAAUGUAUAAGGAGGAUAAGCACAACACAGUCUCAACUAGGAUUGUUGAAUCAGCGGAGACUCUGUAGUAACACGUACCUCCAAGAGGAAAGAAAUGUGAUUUUAACCGACAGUGGUUUCUGAUUUCACAGGAUUAAUCUUGCUACUUUAGCUUUUUAAAGCUCUAAAAAUACUAUGCUUUGUUUCUAGAUUUCAUAUAAACACAUGGUUAAGAUUAGAGGCAUAUGAAAUAAGAAUUAGUGAAGGGAUAAAUUCACGUUUCCUUUAUGUAGUACCUCAUGCAUCUAUUUUUUUUAUUUAUUUUUAUUUUUUUUUACCACAAUGCAUUUUUUUCAGUUUGAUUAGCGGAAUCACAAUCUUAUUUUGAUUUGCUUUAUUCUGUUCUGCAGUUUUCUGCUGUGACAGCUGCAACAGAAACACCUGUUGUUUCAUCAUAGGAGGUAUCAACCACCAGACACAGUCACCUCAACUUCAACAGCACACUGCACUCACACCCAGGGUCCAAAAUACUUCAGACUGUAACUGCUCUACCAGCCUGCCUGCAUGGGGGGCAGAUGUGUGAAUGUGGCAGCUGUUGGUUCCCACGUACUCAUACACCACGAACCCUAGACUGUUAGAGUUUUUCACGGUUUGAAUUUAGGUCAGCGACUUUGAAGCUUGUGGCAGGUUAAAGGAAGAUUUCACACCCCAAAUGACAGUUUGUAUAUCAGUUACUCAGCCUGUGUUUUGUUAAAUUCAUGAAGAAAUUUUGGUUUCUCUCACAUGCCUCCAUGGUGAACAGUGAUUAUAAAACGGAGAAAAUUCUUGAUGGAUUGAAGUCAUAGGGGUCUGCGUUCAACAACAGCAUGUUUUCAAACUCUCACAACUCGUGCAGUGUACUCCAAGUCUCAUUUAUCCAGUUGUUUGCUCAUUACUUCCCAAGCAGGCAGCUCUUACAAUUGUGAGCUAAAAGUGAAACUUAUAAACUUAAUAGCUCUCUUCAAGGCCAGACUACAUCCAGAAAAACAGUAAUUUUACCUCACUGAACACGGGAGCUGCUGGUCUACCUCUGCCUCGAUCUGUUAUUUAGUGUGUGUUACUGCAUGACUUUGGUGAAUCUGAAUUAACACCAAAGUCACACAAACUGUUUGAGGCAGUAGUAGACCAGCAGCUCCCGUGUUCAGUGAGGUAAAAUUACUGAUGGCUUUGAAGAGAGCAUUAAUAAGUUUCACUUUCAUCAGUGCACCGAUGGGAAGGGCUGUCUGUUUGGGAUGUACUGAGAAUAGGCCCGUUUCCACUGAAGAAGUUCCUGGUACUAUUUGGGGGGCAGGAACUACUACAGGAACGUCCUCUCGCUUGGCCCUCUCAACCACCGUGUCUCCACUGAGAGAGCGGAGUAGGAGGAAGGUUCCUGUAAAGUUACCAGGCUCUGUAUGUGAUGUAAUCGUUGCGCAACCAUUUUGACCGGGGCGACGUAGUGGCGUAGGGAUGCCGUUAGCCGAUAGCGGUGUCUGUAAUAACUCACUAAACUCACAAAGUGGCCCGUGAAAAAAAUAUUUUUCCAGUGGAUGUCUUAGUUACAACAUGAUUGAGCUAACUGGAGUAGUUUCAUGUCGUUUCCGACAACGGGAGGCUUUUAACAGAUGACGUCCUGAUGUUAGCUUUGCUGCUGCUGCUGUUAGCUGUCCCUGUCAGUGGCAGCCACUGAUGCUUUCUAGACAUCAAGAUUUCCCUAAACUGAAUAAAUACCACACAUAGCAACACAAAACUGCUUUGCUAGCUCAAUCAUGUUGUAACUAAGAUAUCCGCUGGAAAAAAUAUGUUUUUCACGGACCGGUUAUUGAGUUUGUUUACAUGGCGGUGGAAGCUAUGAACAAGCUAACCCUCGUCUGCUGAGUUUUAAAAAUGCCGGCUAUUUUGUUGCUUUCUGUUGACGUCACAUUCCGCCUUGAGUAUAUCCAAUCAGCACCAAGUAAUCCCCAAGCCCCAGCCAGGAGUUUUUUGGGGCCAUUCUGAGUACCUACUCCGAGGCAGGGACUUGUUUAGCCCCUGUAAAAGUUCCGGAACUCUGUCCUUCGGGGGUGGUUCCUGCGGUGGAGACACGCACCAACGGCCCUGGCUCCGUAAAAUUACCCCAAAGUUCCUGCGGUGGAAACAGGCCUUAUAUGACUGGAUAAAUCCGACUUAGAUUAAUGGUGUGCUGUGAUGCCAGUCCAGGUCUGUCGUGGGAUUUUGUGAUAACCACACAUUAUUAUUGCAAUAUUCAGCUAUGAAUUAAUUUUUAAUUGACUGCCAUGAGUUGGACAAUGGAUCGCUUUAUUGUACCGGACAAUUAUGACAAAACACCAACGAAAACGACCUAACACUGAAAGAAAAGUCAGUCGACAGAAUCACAAAAGCUACCUGUCUUAUUUUUUAUUUUUAUUUUUUAUUGGCCUAUGUUAUGAUGAGAGUGACAACACAUGUUAAAGAAGCUACUGUGCACAGAUAUAAAUACAGGUGUGCCUUGAGAUUUUGGCUGGCCCUUUGGUGCAUUUGAAAACCACUGGAUUAUACUGUGGUAGAUGUGUGAGAGUUUGCAGACGGAUGUUUUUAUAUAGUUUUUCUGUUGUGAAACGCAGUCGCCUAUGACCUCAAUUCAUCAAGAAUUUCCUCUGGUUUUGGAUUUUUUUUUUUCACCAUGGAGGCAAAAACUGUUACUUCACAUGUUUAAUGUAACACAGGCUGAGUUAUUGAUAAACUAGUAGUCAUUUGGGGAUUGAAGUUUUCCUUUAACUUGGUGAAUUGUGAGAGCUGUGCAUCUGCUGCCUGAUAUUAAUGAAACGAAACACUACAGUUGGUACAAGGUCUUCUCACGAGUCUGUACAGCCUUAACUCUCAGUGUUUGUUUGUUUUUCCAAUCACCAAACUCGACAGUUAUUAUUGGCCUUUUAAAGUUUCGGCAGGGUGCUAGACAAGUCUACACAAACCGUGUUUGUUACGGCUUGGACAGUAGUUUUUGAAUCGUGCAGUCCUGAUGGGAGAUUAACAGCUGUUGGUAGCAUAGGAUUUCGAAUCAUUUUGUUCUGAACUUUUCCUCCGUGUGAAUGUGUGGGUGCGGCACCUGUGCAUCUGCAUUUUUGACAGAAGAGUCAGUUACUGCAUUACAGUCUGUUGACGAGAGGGGACUACUGAGAUUAAAGCUGCCAAAUGACCUGAGCCCUCAUCAGGCCACCUCACCGAUAAUCCAGUCAAUUUGCUGCUUUAGUUUAGCUCUGUGUCACGAGGGUGUCGCUCACUGUGUUGGCAGUAAUGAGACAAAUCGAGAUAUUCCCUCGCAAGGACAGUUUGCAGUCGUUAUGUUUCAUAAACAUUUGGACCACUUACCUCUGCACUCUUAGAUUACUAGUUCUCCUGAACUGUGAACUUACGUGCACAGAUGUGAAGUAGAGCUGCAAUAAUUAACUGUUCGAGUUCAACGCUGGUUAUACGCAUAACUGAAUAGCACAGAGGGGAAUUGGUACACACAGUGGGGAGGGAAACGUUCCUUGUUGUCAAUCCCCCUCUUUGCCGUCACUGCCGUCAUUCAGUCGGUUUCUGUGCUGCAACACUUUAGAGCCUAAAAGCGACACAGACCUCACUGCUGAGUGUAGCUUUUUUGGUAAUGUUACAAACAGUUCUGAAUAGGAAACAUACAUCUAUACCUCAGUCAUCAAACAAUCCUCAGCAAUCCAGUUGAACAAGUUCUUCAUUACGUUAAUUUCACUCCUCUGUGUUGUGGUUUUGUCAUCGGAAUCAGAAUCAUGUGUCAGAGCCGCAAAGCUGCCAAACGUCUGUUUUCAAUCACCAUUGCUUCCUCCGAAACCUCAUUAGUGUCUGUUUAGGAACCACAAAACUGUGGAAAUGUCAGACUUCCAUUCCCUUUAAUCUCAUGGUGCGUAAUCCAUUUAGAGAUUUACUCCUCCUCCUUAUUUUGCCUUCAUAUCCAUUUGCUCCUUUAUUCUUCACCCUUACCAUUCCUGCUGUCUCACGUGUACCUCCACGUUUGGUGGUUAUCAUUCUCUUAUCACAGCCUCACAUUUUAUCUGUCUGUGUUUGAGGAAAUACAGUUAUAUAAAUGUCUAGAUGAUAGAGACACUAAGCUAUAAGCAGUGGUGACCCAUUUAAUGGUGAAAGCAUGUUUAAAAGCAAAAACCAUCGGCCUCUAGUUUGACUGAUGAAGUGUUACAUUUUGUUGGCAGUGCAAACAGUUGUUGACACUUUUUGCAGCUGCCACUAGCAGACGGAAACUACAGGUUUUUGUGAUUAAAAAGUACCUGGCUGCCUGAAUUGUCAGCGUACCAGUCGUGUAAGCUAACUAAUAUCAUAAAUUGUCAUCACAGAGUUUGAGGUUCAUCGGCCUCCAAACAAAUCCCAUUAACCUGAAUGAAGCUCCUGCACAGUAAUCUGACUGAAAACACUGAGCCCAGUUAAUCUUAAAGAUAAUGGGAUCAUUCUCGUUUUACAGUAUUUUUUAAAGGCCUUUAUGUAACCGAAUCAGUGUCCUCCAGCCUAAUACAAGUUAUACAUUUAUUUAUUUAUUUAUUUGUUUAAUUGUUGUGUUAUGAAGGUGGCAGGUGCUUUCCAUAACACUGCAGAACUGCAUGAAAUAUCAGUAACCCAUCACUCUAAUUGGACAGCACCCACCCAUAAUGUAAAGAUGACGCUUUUACAGAAAUAAAAUGUCUGUUACUGCCCCACUGAGAAAACAGUGCCAAGUGUUACUUACAAGUUGCACUAAUUUACUGCUGUCAAACUAGAGGCCCGUGUCCCACAAUCUGGCAAACGAAUGAGUGAAUGAAAACGACCACAGGGGGCUUCCCCUCUGGCGGCCAUUUUGGAGGACCUCAGCCUUUCGUUUAACGAUGGCUGCAACAAUCUGAUUGUGUUUCUAUGCAGAAAAAAAAUCCGUCUCAACAACAUUGACUAGAGUUGUUUAGUUUUUGUGUUUUUCUGACUGUGAACUCCAUCCAUUGUUUUGUUUUGUUUUGUUGAAUGUGUCGUCACCUUGUUAGCUAGCAGCUCAACGCGAGUGUUGUUUUCUAGAGCGUAUUUUUGAAGAAGAGACGAGGACUAGAAGAAAAACGUUUCAGUCACAGCAGUGACCUCAAAUCUCAGCCCAGUCGCCAGAGUAAAUGUCGACGUUGUACGUUUCGGCAAACCAAGGUUUCAUGUGUAGUGGAUAUGUUGAAACUUUAUGCUGUGGUUAACACAAAAAGCACUUGCUUACAGUUUGGAAAAGAUCAUGUCUCGGCUUAAAUACUACCUGGUUUUGGUGCCACAAACGCCGCUGGAAACACACCAGUUUUGUUAUUUUCCGGUGUUGAAAAGAGGAUUGUAGCUUGGAAGGUGUCACGCCAUCCACCAUCCUCUCCAUUUCUCAACAACAAAGUCAUCUCAUAUACAUGUUGUCAGAGCUACGUCACUUUAGAAAUGUUAUGAUAUGUAUGAAAUGUACAAAUGUAUCCAUGGUUUGCAGAAAUGUACAAUUCUAUGUGGCGACUGGGCUGCAAAAAUCUGCCUUACAGUUACUGACCCAGCUGUGAUCCACCACAACUAGAUCUGAUCAGAGUUGCUAGAUUUGAGACUGUAUAGUGCAUUUUCAAGAUCUUAAUGUGACUUUUACUCAUUAUUGUUCUUUUGUUUUGUUGUUUUCAUUGUUAAUUCUGGAUCUUUUUCUUAACGGCCUCCUCACUUGAGUUCACCUGAGUCAGACUCGGACCCAGUUUCUGGUCAGAACCAGCUGAGUGCUCCUUUUUAUCAGUAGCUCUAUGUAGAGAAAACUGACAUGUAUCGGCGUAUGUACUUUAUAUACUUUGUAAUGGUUUUUAAUUAACCAUAAAAUGUUUUAUUGUUUUUAAGAAUUGAUUUUUAUGUGUUUGUUGUUUUUAGUGAUACACUUAAAUGACUACUGGAAACCGUUGAGGGUUGUUUAUCUGUUCAGUAUGGAAAUGAAAUGUAAAAGUGAAGGAGCUGAGUGAAUGAAUGAAGAAUGAUUCAGUACGUCUGGAUGGUUGCACAGUGCCUGUGCAACCAGUGUUGGGCCUGCCAAAGUCUUUUUGUCUAUGCAGCAUUGCUGGGCUCGCGGCACACUCUGUGUGACCGCUUCGCUUUCCUGAAGUCAUGUCAAACUCUAAACGAUGAGGAUUUACUUGGACUCCAAGUUUGCAUUUGUCUGUUGUAGCCUGCAGUAGUUUCAGGACCAGCUAGACCUGAAGUAGUGCCCCUUACCUAACAUAUAAACUACUAACACUACUACUUAAUGUUUUUUAAGACUGUUUUUAUAAUUAGAAAGUUUUCGAGCUGUGGUUGAACUGAAGCUGUUUUCCCUCAUAGUCAAAAUGGUGAAUACUUAAAGGGACAGUUUACCCCAUAAUCAAAACCACAUAAUUUUCCUCUUACCUGUAGUGCUAUUUAUCAAUCUAGAUUGUUUUGCUGUGAGUUGCAGAGUGUUGGAGAUAUCGACCGUAGAGAUAUCAGCCUUCCAUUGAAUAUAAUGGAACCAGAUGGCAUUCGGCUUGUGGUGCUCAAAGCACCAAAAAAAUACAUUUAAAAACUCACCAGCAAUGUCUCUUUACAGAAAUCAUAACCCAUUUACUCAAGAUAAUCCACAGAGCUUGUCAUGAGCAGUUUCACGUUUCAAGAACUAUUUUCUUUCUACCAAACUACACCCACCAACGGUAUCACUGCGCAGAUGGAGGUAGGACUGUCCUGAAUACCAGUUUUGGGGCAUUGCAGUUAAUCAAAGAGGACAUGUUUUGACACAUUUUCAGUCAUUGGACCUAAAGUACUGUGACAGUUGUCCACUACAUUAGCAUGCAGGUCACAGCAACGCAACAUAACAUUAGCCAUAAUAGCUAAAAAAAAAAAAAGAAUACUUAGCUUUUGGCUAAACUGUUACUUGCAGUUUUCAGAUGGCUUGCCAAGCUUGUUGUGUGAUGUGCAAGUUUCCUUUGGCAAAUCUGGCACUCAACUUUUUAUCUGUUCCAGACAAUUGACUUUUUCAACAUCUUGCUAGCAUAUCUCCAAGGCUGUCACAGGUGGUCAAACUGUCAGAGUCACAAAAACAGGCCUGUCACUGAGUUUAAAUGUUCUUGUCUGGGCAUAACGAAUAAUCAAUGUUGAUGCAUAAUGAAUUAUGCUGGAUUCAGAUUUCUUGAUUUAUGGGCUAUUUGGGUUAUGGUGUAAAAAAAAUGGAGCGAUUACCAUGGCACCGAUCAAAGCAUUGAAGCAACUGGGUCAGCCCUAGAAGGAAGAGUGCAUCUACUCAUGGAAGAGAGGCUCGUGCUUGUAUGAGAUAUAAACAUUAAUGGCGUCCUCCUUGGCUGAGCCCGCUCACAGUUGGCAGGUGUAGUUUGGUAGAACGAAAAUAGUUCCUACAUGAAACUGCUCACAACAAGAUCUGCGGAUUAUCUUGAGUAAAAGGGGCAUGAUUUCUGGAAAGACACAUUGCCGUUGAGUUUUUCAAAUGCAUUUUUUUGGCGCUUUGAGCACCACAAGCCGAGUGCCAUCUAGUUCCAUUGUAUUUGAGAGAAGGCAGACAUCUCUACGGCUGAUAUCUCCAACACUCAGCAACUCACACUGAAACAAUCUAGAUUGUUAAAUAGCACUACAGGUAAGAGGAGAAAUAUGUAUGUUUGGUUUUGGGUUGAACUGUCCCUUUAACAUUUCUCUCCUGUGUCUGCUUUUCUAUUUCUUCUGGUGCUUGCCUUGGGUGUACAGUGCACAGGUCAGAGCUGCAGAGAGGCACAAUCGGGCACAGUUUGGGCUUGUUAAAUUCUCCCAAGAUAAAAAUGUGUCAUAUUUACUAACUAAACCAGUUUGUCAUGUUAUCCAACCGUGGCAUCAUGUCAUUUAGCAUUUUCUUGGAUCAACUGCUGACAUUUGUCGGCUGGUUGCCAGAAAACAGAACGCAGCCUCUGAGUCUCACCUCAUUAGACUGAAGUCAACCCAAAGUUACUGCAGCAUCGAGCCUCGUUACUGGACUCUGCAACGUGCCGCUUCUCUGCUCCUCUGACCUCACUCCCUGCUUGCUGUUUAACUGCUGUGCUUUCGUCUCAGCCUGAAAACUGUGCAAACAAUCUGUGAAACAGGAUAGCUAAAGGUCUAGAUAUAUCAUGAAGCUGAGCCAUGAUCUACAAAACACCUCAUAAACUGCCAUGGACCACCUCCAGCAAGAACACCAGUCACCAUUUUUAUUUUCUUGUGAAGGAAAUCUCUCGGUCACACCUGAGUAAUGUCUUUAUGUGCUCCAUAUGUUCUGUUAUUCGUGCAUAUUUUCAUAAUCUUGACUUUAGGCGUCAUGCCGUCACAGCUAUAAAUACUCCUGAACUUUCUGUUGUGAUAUAUAUCUGUAUGGUGCCAUGGCAACACUUGGCCCAGGCCUUCCCACAGCCUUACAUGUUGAAAUAUUUCUAAUAUUUCAGUACCGAGCUCUGCUAAACUUUCCUCCUCUGAACCUCUCUAAGGUUGCUGCAGUUAAACCUCUAUUGCCUCUCUUCACUUCUUAAAGCUGUCCUCCCUCAUCCCUACACGAGCUAUACCUUUUUAUAUAAAUACAUAUUUGUUUUAGUCAUUUUACAAAAUGUUCUAACAAGGCCAGUGAUGCCACAGGAUCUGAAAUUAAGUCAUGCUGCUAGAAAAAUUAAUGUAAUUUUUUGUGUUUUUUUUCUUC